ACUCACAAAGGCACUGUUAAUGAUCGCCUAGUGGCAACGCUGACCGCGUGUUUUGCCGCCAAAAAGUGGACAAAAACAUAGUUUUUAGCAGAUUUAAAUUGUUUAUGUAGCAAACAGUGGUUGCCAAACAAUUAGUGGAGUGCCCGCAGUGUUCUAAACAAAAACGCCAUGAGCAGCGAUAAAAUUAAAAAUGGCAACGAGCCCAACGACGAAUCGGACGAAUCAUGCGGCGACGAAUCGGCGAGCUUUACCACAAAUAGCACCACAUCCCGCAGCAAAUCACCGGCGUCGAGCACGCGCAGCAAACGACGCGGCCGACGCAGCAACAAAUCGAAGGCCAAAAGCGGCGCUGCCUACAAAUACGACUCGCAUGUUAAGGAGAAUCAUGGUGCAAACAUAUUUGGCGUCGCCUUCAACACGCUGCUGGGCAAAGAGGAGCCACAAGUGUUUGCCACCGCAGGCAGUAAUCGUUGCACCGUCUACGAAUGUCCACGCAAGGGAGGUUUAACUUUAUUGCAUUGCUAUGCGGAUCCAGAUCCCGAUGAGGUAUUCUAUACCUGUGCCUGGUCUUAUGAUCUAAAGACUUCAGCUCCUUUGCUGGCCGCCGCAGGUUAUCGGGGCGUCAUACGCGUCAUUGACAUCGAACAGAAUGAGGCUGUGGGCAAUUAUAUUGGGCAUGGUCAAGCCAUCAAUGAACUGAAGUUUCAUCCACACAAACUGCAGCUACUUUUGUCGGGCAGCAAGGAUCAUGCCAUACGCUUGUGGAACAUUCAAUCGCAUGUUUGCAUCGCCAUCUUUGGCGGCGUCGAAGGACAUCGCGAUGAAGUACUCUCGAUAGAUUUUAAUAUGCGUGGCGAUCGCAUCGUUAGCAGCGGCAUGGAUCAUUCCCUUAAGUUGUGGUGCCUCAACACUCCCGAGUUUCAGCACAAAAUCGAGCUAUCGCACAGUUUCAGUCAAGAGAAAUCAACUCUACCAUUUCCCACGAUUACCAAGCAUUUUCCUGACUUUUCCACACGUGAUAUACAUCGCAACUAUGUGGACUGUGUGCAAUGGUUUGGCAACUUUGUGCUGUCCAAGUCAUGUGAGAAUGCUAUUGUUUGCUGGAAACCGGGGCAGCUGCAUCAGAGCUUUGAGCAAUUGAAGCCCAGCGAUUCGUCGUGCACGAUUAUUGCUGAAUUCGAGUACGAUGAAUGUGAGAUUUGGUUUGUGCGCUUCGGCUUCAAUCCGUGGCAAAAGGUGAUUGCGUUGGGUAAUCAACAGGGCAAGGUUUAUGUGUGGGAAAUGGAUCCCAGUGACCCGGAAGGUGCUCACAUGACCACACUGCAUAAUCCACGCAGUGUGGCAACGGUGCGUCAAAUUGCCUUCUCACGGGAUGCCAGUGUGCUCAUCUAUGUGUGCGAUGAUGCCACUGUUUGGCGUUGGAAUCGACGCACUGCAUCCGCCCUCUAGAACGGGGCAUAUUUUCAUUUGCUAACCACAAACCAAAUCUCAACGUGGCCAAAAUGCAUCUCUGCGCCUAGUUCCUAGUUAUUAACAAUAAAAUUGCACAAAUUUACUUUGUAAUUGCCGAAAAUUUUACAUUUAAAUCGAAUGAUAUUCCAAA